AUGGAAGCAUCAAGUACUUUGACUGUUUUAAAUAAUGGAAAUAACGGAAAAAAAACAAGAGUAAACGAUAUAGUAUUUCAAGAUAUGAGACUUGAACUUCCUCCUUAUAGGCCUAGAUUAGGUUCAGAAUGUUUAACACAGGGAGGAAUUCCUGUGAUUGAUUUAACAGUAGAUACACCGUCUCAAAGUGAUCAUGAUCCUGUUGAAAAUUACGGAUCUAAUGAUUUAUGGAACGGAAGAGUUAUUGAUGUUGAUAGUCUUCCAGAUCGUCAUUCAUCAUCAAGACAUUUAGAUGUUUACCAAACAUUUCCUUUUGAGUCUAUAGAUUUAGACGAUAUAUUACUUUUAAAUCAUUCUAUAUCGCAAAGCAGUAGAAACUGUCAUAUACAUUCAUUUCCUCCAACUCGGAGAGUUACACGUCAAACAACAAACCAGAUGCGUUUAUGGGAAAAUCAGUUUUUUCAAACAAAUGAUAGCUUUUUACAUGCAUUAAUAAAUCAUAUGACACCAUUAAAUACAAGGCGAGCAAAUACUUCUGUCCGUUAUUCUAGAACAUACCCUUAUUAUCUUUCAUCCCGUCAAAACUUUUCAACAACACCUAUUGAAUAUAAUUUAUUUACUGAUCAUUCUAACAUUAACGCUUUUUCAAAAAAGGAUACAUCAAUCACGCCACAUCUGCUCAAGGGAGCUCCUGAUGCGAUGAAGGGGUUUACAAGAUCGUUAAAUAAGUCACAAAAACUCGUUUGUCCAAAUUGUAUUGAUGAAUUAGGCGUUUCUGAUGAUUUUGUAAAAAGAAGUAUUUGGAUGGGAAAAUGUGGUCAUAUUUAUUGUGGUGACUGUGCAAAACUUUUUAAAUCAAUGAAAUCAAAAGGUCCUCACUCAGCUAUCUGUCCUGUUAAACAUUGUAAUAAAGUGAUUACUGGAAAUCAUAAUUUACGGGAAAUUUAUGUAUAAUCUUAAAUUAGAAAUUGG